AUGACUCUCAAAAGUCCAAUGAACUUGCCGCAAAUUGUAAUCAUAUCGGGCGAAUGUACUCUCAAAGCCAAAGAACUCUUUGCUAGGAGUGAUAAAAUUAUGCAGGAGAAGAUACCUACCUCCUUACAGAUUUCACUAUUUCCAAACGACACUGAUGAUGCACGUCCGGUCGAAACAGUAUAUCACCCACAACUAGUCUGUCACAAUGCAGCCAAAUCGUUUGAUAUUAGUUAUAUUGUUGCUACACCACAGUACCAGCGAUAA